UACUACCAGACAUCUCCCUUCAGUCAGUUUUGUCCUCGUCGGGCGAGUGGUGUCUUUGGAGGAAGUUUUCAUAUACUUGCAUUGUUCUUCACACACACAAUCCUCCUCAUCAUGCGGCUGGUUUCCGCAUGGGCAGUGCUGGCAGCUGUCCUCCCCGCCGUUGUCGACUCUUCUCGCUUGACUCCCCCCGUCCUGCCUCUGGUGGUGCGAAACCCGUACCUGAGCACAUGGCUGCAGAAUGCAAGAGACCCGCCGUGGGAGAGGUGGCCCAUGUUUUGGACUGGUCAAGAAAUCGGCUUUUCCGUCCUCGCCAGUGUCGCGGAGCCGCGAACGGUUUUCCCUCUGAUGGGAAGACCGCAGGACUCGCUGCGGAGCGAGGGUGACAACUAUACGGUCUCUUAUCCCAUAUACCAUGGCGCCCAGUACGAUGCUUCGACCACCAACCUGUCCUAUUCGCUUCCUCUUCCAUCGUCAUCAUCUGCGUCGAGCCGUAUAGAAAUUACGCUGUCGUUCUUGUCCCCUAUCACCCCUACUUCUACUGUCCGACAGUCUGUGCCAGCGAGUUAUUUGACUGUCUAUGUAUCCGGCAAUGUGGGUGUUGAUAUCUACGUCGACCUGAACGGCCAGUGGGUGAGUGGGGACAGAGGCAGCAAGAUAGUCUGGGGACUUGACCAGAGACCAUUGGAUGGUAUGGGCAAAGGCUUCAAGACAUGGCAGUUCCGGAGGGAGGUUGAGCAGCUAUUCACUGAGUUUCAAGAUCGUGCCGAAUGGGGUACCCUGCACUUCUCUGCUCCUGGGAAUGUUCGACAUGAGGUCGGCACAUCUGCCCUUCUGAGGCAACGCUUCUCAAGGACCGGAACCCUUCAGAAUGCUGUCGACAAUAACUUCCGCUCCAUCAUGGACCAGGAACCGGUCUUUGCUUUCUCAAAGAGCUUCCCGAUGAACCACAGCACAGCAUCUACCCACCAGGAUAGCGUCACCUUCACAAUUGCCCACAUCCAAGAUCCUGUGGUACAAUUCGCUGCUGCGCGGGGACUGACAUUCAUGCGACCUCUAUGGGAGUCCUAUUUCCCAACCGUCGAUCAACUCCUCACAUUCCACUAUCUGGACUUCCAUUCGGCAAAAGAACUGGCGUCUAACUAUUCUGCGCAGCUAGCCAUUGAUGCUUACAAGUCCGGAGCUGAAGAUUACGUCGACAUUGUUGCUUUGUCUGCUCGACAAGUACUGGGUGCGACGAGUUUCUCCGGCACUCCUGACAAUCCGAUCCUGUUCUUGAAAGAAAUCUCUUCCAAUGGAAAUUUCCAAACCAUCGACGUCAUCUUCCCUGCUUUCCCUUUCUUCUUGUACACCAAUCCUAGAUGGCUUGGCUACGUGCUUGAACCUCUAAUCGAGCACAUGCUGAGCGGGCAAUAUCCCAACAAGUACGCCAUGCACGACCUGGGUACUCAUUUCCCCAAUGCAACUGGUCAUCCGCUUGGGCGGGAUGAAUACAUGCCGGUAGAGGAAUGUGGAAACAUUCUCAUCAUGGGCCUAGCAUUGGCAAACUCGCUCAAGAAUGGCGGCAACACUUCAGUCUCGGCCACUUGGCAACCCAUGGAUGGAGUGCCAACGCCAAAGUCGUCAAGCGAUAGCCUCGCGCCUCUGUCGGUCGGUACCCAAGGCGGUCUUUCCUACAUUGAUGACGCAUAUGUAGGCCAAUCCGAAAGUAUCCGCAAAGCUAAGAAAUGGGUGAGCAAGAGUUAUCGGUUAUGGAAGCAGUGGACUGGUUAUCUGGUUGAAUUCUCCUUGGAACCGCAUAACCAGCUAUCGACGGACGAUUUUGCGGGCUGGUUGGCACUACAGACUAACCUUGCCUUGAAGGGAAUCAUCGGUAUCAAAGCAAUGGCAGGCUUGUCUGAGCUCGUCGAGAACCACGAGGACGCAAAAGUCUACAAUAAUAUUUCCAAGGUUUACAUCGCCAGAUGGGAAGAGCUGGGUAUCUCGCGGGACAAGACUCACGCCAAACUCGCGUACAACUGGUACGGUUCCUGGACGACUACGUAUAAUCUAUAUGCCGAUAGCCUGCUGUGCUUCCACCUCGGCAACAACAGUUCGUCUGAGCAUGAUGUGGUCGACAGCGUACCGAGCAGCAUCGGCGGUCGCUACGAAUACCAGAACCCACUGAAAAAGGGCAAGGGUAUCCAAGGUGACAAGGAUGGGUUUGUGCCCAAACACGUCUAUCAACUUCAGAGCGACUGGUACUGGGCCGUGCGGCAAAAGUACGGUCUGCCUCUGGACUCGAGACAUUUGUACACCAAGACCGAUUGGGAGUUCUUCGCCAUGAGUGUCGCGGCGCCCAAGGUGCGCGCCGGGAUUCUACAGAGCGUGGCAAAAUGGGUCAACGAGACUGCCACGGACCGUCCAUUGACCGAUCUUCACAUGACCGAGGGCCGCGGGGGGUUCCCCGGCCCCAACUUCUUUGCGCGUCCCGUCGUGGGUGGCCAUUUCGCCUUCCUCACCCUCGGGCAAGCGUGUGACGGAAAGGCGAUGGACGGCUUGAAGUUUUUGGAUGAUGCCGUGACAAAGGAAGACUCUGGAUUGCUGGAUGUCCCGAGUAUCUUGGAUAGAGAGAGACUCGAGUAUGAGGCCGAGUGGGGAGGUUUGGAACUGUGAAGGAAUUUUGUGCCGAGGACGUGAUAUACGUACCGAAACUAGCUACUGAGGCAUAUAUGGACCUUGAGUGGUAUGAUUUCGUCAAGUUGUCCCUCUGUGGCUGUAUAUGUCUAUAGGGAGGUAUAUACGAAUAUUUAUCGUCUAUCACAGUCACAA